CGUCUGGCAAAGACGUGUAUUUACCAAUUGAGCAACAUUAUCAAGAAAUACGAGAAAAAUAGUUUUUUUUACGAUAGUGACGACAUCCUAGAAAGAAAGUACGCAAACUCAUCCCAUUCAUGAAUUUGUUGGAAAAUUUCGACCUUCUAUGAUUCAUCGCCCAUUUGCAAAGAUUUCUUGAAAAGUGCUUUCACAAAAAAGAUUUUUUAAAUAAAAAUUACAAUAAAACGCUCACUCAGCCAGCAUUCUAGUCAAAAAAAAAAAAAAAGUAAAAAUUAACAACACCUACUAAAUAACUGGGGUCACAAAAAAUAUGAAACAAUAGCGAUUUGUGACCUUAAUUCAUCAUCAAAUGUUCAGUUAAAAAACGGUUUGCCGGCUUAAAAGCACGCAGCGUCGACGAUAAUCGCUGUUCAAUAUUGAGAAACGAUAAAAAUAAAACGAAACAUAAUAAUAUAACGAAACAUAAAAAGAAAGUACGGUCGAAUGCAACAAUAACACGAUUGAAAAUACACAGAAACCAAUCGACAGGAGAAGGUCAAUGUGCAUGCUUUGCCAAGUUUACAGCAAAAUAAAUUUUUAUACACAAAGCGAGGAGAAAGUGAAGAGAUUACUCUGAGAAACAAAAAUUUAUACAAUUAAUAAAAAAUAAUAAAAAAUCCAAACAAAAGUGAAAAGAAAUUAAAUUGAAUGGAAAAUUAAUAAAAAAAAUUAUACAAAAAAAAUAUUAUUCAAUCAAUUAAAAAAAAUAAAAAAUUAUUACCGAACACCGAUUACCAAAACAACAAAAAAAAAUGAGAAAUUCAAUCUGGCCGAGGAGACAGUCUUCAUCACUGUCAUGCACGAUUUUUAGCGUAGCCGUUAUUAUAAUUUUAUUUUUAGAUGUUACUCUAGCGAUAAAAUGUUACAAAUGCUCGGUCAUGCCGCCCAGUGACAACAAGGAAAUGAGCAAAAGCGGCGCCCAGUCCUUACUUUGUUCAAAAUUCGACGAAUCCGAAGACUUUAUCACAGACUGUCCGUACUCGACGAUGUGCAUGAAGCGGAUAUUCAAGUUGCAAUUGCCACGCGGAGAACCCAUCGAGACGAUCACACGAGGGUGUGCCAAUCAAAAAUACACGGAACAAGUCUAUCGUGACGGCGCAUGGCACAAGGAAUUCACCGUGGAAGAACCUUACGAGGAAGGUUGCCAGGAAGACCAAGAUGGCUCGACGUACUGCCAUUGCAAGGGGAAACUAUGUAAUGCCGCUACCGAUACGCCCGCAUAUCACACCGACACGAUGGCCGUCAUUUUCGUCUUCAAUCUCAUGAAAUACUUGAGGAACGUCGAAUAUUGAGGCAUUAAUUUGCAUUUAGACCAGUUAGCUACGUUUUUUGUACCUAACUCUAAAAAAAUCUAAUUCUUUGGUCAAAAGUCUCACGGAGCGCGUCACUCGCUCCUUAUGUUAUUUAUUUUUUAUCUAAGUGUUUAGCCAAUUGAAGAUUAUAUUUACGAAUAAAACCGAAUAAA